GCAUCCACUCUGCUCGAGUCGCGUCUCUAUGGCGGCCUUGCCAGCCCAUUAGGAGCAGAGCGACAUGAACGCAGAUGCUGAGGGCCACAGCAGUGCUGUGGUCCCCGCACAGUCUCAAGAAGGCAGUCCCGCGGCGGACGACUUCGUCCCGUCGGCGCUGGGGACACGAGAGCAUUGGGAUGCUGUUUAUGAGAGAGAACUGAGAACAUUCCAAGAAUAUGGAGAUACAGGAGAAAUCUGGUUUGGGGAAGAGAGUAUGAGCCGACUAAUACGGUGGAUGCAGAAACACAAGAUCCCGUUGGAUGCUUCAGUGCUUGAUAUCGGAACUGGAAAUGGUGUUUUCCUGGUUGAACUUGUGAAACAUGGUUUCUCUAAUAUAACUGGGAUUGAUUAUUCUCCUUCUGCAAUUAAGCUUUCUGCAAGUAUUUUAGAGAAAGAAGGGCUAUCUAACAUUAACUUGAAGGUAGAAGACUUUUUGAAUCUUUCCACAAAGCUGUCUGGAUUUCAUGUUUGUGUUGACAAAGGGACUUACGAUGCCAUAAGUCUUAAUCCUGACAAUGCAGUUGAGAAGAGGAAACAAUAUGUGAUGUCUCUCUCCAGGGUGUUGGAAGUAAAAGGCUUUUUUCUAAUAACCUCAUGUAAUUGGACCAAGGCAGAGUUGCUAGAUGCGUUCAGUGAAGGCUUUCCCUGUGCCCUGGCUAGAACGCACUAUAUUGACCAGGCUGUCAUUGAACACAGAGGAUUUGAACUUUUCGAAGAGCUGCCAACACCCAAGUUCAGCUUUGGAGGAGAGCUGCAGCUGAGAGAGAAGAUACUUUUGCAAGGUCAAAUAGUACCAGAUGGAGCCAAGAUUGGGACUGUCUGACUCUAGAACCCUUCUAACAAUCUACCUUCCAGGUGCCAAAUCUCUGUUUUGUAGCACCUGUGAGUCAGGGCUACAUAUACAGUUCAGGUGGCCCUUAACCUCUAGCUCUGUAACCCUUUGUCACUGUUGAUCACUAAACUAACUGGCUAGUCUACUCUGGACUUUGAAAACACCUGAGUCUUAUGACAUCCGUUAUUACUCCUUAUCAUCUAUUUGCUUUGAAAGACUUUGCUUUAGCAGGAACUGAAUUUUAAGUAAGGCUUGACACAUUGUGAUUUUAGCACUCAGAAGGCUGAAGGAGGAAGAGGAGCUGUGGUGUGGUAUAGGGUGGAAAGCUGGGGAAAUUGCCAUAUAAACAUGCAGACAGAGUUCAGAUCCCUAGGACCUAUGUAAAACGCUGUGUGUAGCAUUAUGCAUUUAGAGUCUUAGUGCUCAUGAGGCCGAGACAGAGGGGUUCCCUGAAGCUUGAUGGGCAGGCAGUCUAGUUGUGACUCAAUUGGCUCCGGGUUCACUCUGGGAUCCUGUUUCAAAAAAUAAAGUUGAAAGCAAUUGAGAAAGAUAA